UGAGGAAACCUUCAGUUUUAUUAUGUUGAAAUUGGUUCCACAACACCCUUGGAACCAGGCGUUGCUCUUCAUGCAGCACGCUAUUUUGUGUCAUAUGUUUAAAUGGUCAUUUAUUCUUUCUCCCUGCUCGUAAGUUGGAGAGAACUGAAAAUGGCUAGGAGUCACAUCAACUUUUAAUGAUGACCGGCAACUUUUUAAGAAAUGUUUUAAGAAAAUGGAUAAAACGGCAAGCAUGCUCUCUUGGCAGAAGUCUUAGCUUAAUCCGUACUAAGUCUGCACCAGUGUUUGAUUUGUAAGAACAUACUCAUGUUAACCUCCUGUCUUUAAAAGUCCUGGGUUUUGGUAUUCCUUGAAGUGGGCCGCCUUAUUCCUGAGGUGAAGUUACAAUUUCAGCAGUCGUGGUUCUUCAGUCUGCUCCCAUCUCAUACUUUUUUUUUUAAAUUAAUUUCAGAGGACGCAGCAGUGGCAAAGGGCCUCCUCAACCACCAAUCCCUUUUCAAGGCAUAUAUGCAAACAUGCGAAUGGUUCACAUACUCACGUCCGUCGUCGGAUCAAAAUGUGAAGUACAAGUGAAAAACGGAAAUAUAUAUGAAGGAGUUUUUAAAACAUACAGCUCUAAGUGUGAUUUAGUGCUCGAUGCUGCUCAUCGAAAAAUGGCCGAAUCCAGUCUGGGGCCCAAACAAGAAGACAUAAUAGAGAGCAUCCUGUUCAAGUCUUCAGAUUUUGUUAUGGUGCACUUUAAGGACAUGGACUCCAGUUAUGCACAGAGAGAUGCUUUUACGGAUUCUGCCAUCAGUGCUAAAGUUAACGGUGAACACAAGGAGAAGGACCUUGAGCCGUGGGAUGGGGGAGAAGGUGCUUCGGCAGACGACCUGGAAGCAUUAGAAACGGAUGUUUCCAAUGGAUGGGAUCCCAACGAUAUGUUUCGAUACAACGAAGAAAACUACGGGGUGGUGUCGACGUAUGACAGCAGUUUGUCUUCCUACACGGUACCCCUGGAAAGAGAUAAUUCAGAAGAUUAUUUAAAGCGGGAAGCUAGAGCGACCCAGUUAGCGGAAGAAAUCGAAUCCAGCUCCCAGUUCAAGGCUCGGGCGGCUCUGGAAAACGACGACCGCUCUGAAGAAGAAAAAUACACCGCGGUUCAGAGAAAUGCUGCCGAGCGAGAGGGCCACGUGGCAGCCCCCAGGGAGAACAAGUACAUCCCGCCCAGUCAGCGGAAUCGAGAUGUCCUUUCCUGGGGCACCGGGAGGCAGAAUUCGCCAAGGGCCGGCCCGUCCGGAUCGGGCCCCACCAUGUCAAGACCUGGGCCUCACCCGUCAGACUACAGCCUCAACACGGGGCCAGACCAGAGAAUUGUUAACGGAGGUGUUCCCUGGCCAUCGCCUUGCCCAUCUCCUUCCUCUCGCCCACCUUCUCGCUACCAGUCAGGCCCCACCUCUGUUCCUCCUCGGGCAGCCACCCCUACAAGGCCGCCCUCCAGGCCCCCCUCGCGGUCCUCCAGGCCCCCGUCUCACCCCUCCGCUCAUGGCUCUCCAGCUCCUGUCUCUUCUCUGCCUAAACGCAUGUCUUCAGAAGGGCCCCCCCGGAUGUCUCCGAAGGCGCAGCGGCACCCUCGAGGCCACAGAGUCUCAGCGGGGCGGGGCGUGAUUUCAAGCGGCUUGGAGUUCGUCUCCCACAACGUGCCCGGUGAAGCCAGCUCCCCGUCCUCGGCCCGAGGCGGCUCCUCAGUCACCAGGUCGUCUCCCAAGGCCCACAGGCCCCGGUCUCCAAGGCAGAGCAGUGGGGGAGGGGUGCCUCCUGGCCCAGCCUCGUCUUCCCCCCAGGCGGGCGCUGCUCCGGCGGAGUUUGCAGCCACACCGGUCCCGGCAGCCUCUCCUACACCUGCCAGUCCUGCUUCCAACCGAGCGGGCACCCCCUCUGCCGAAGCAAAAGAUUCCGGGCUCUACGAGCAGAGGCAGAGUUCCUCCCCGGCUGCAGCCAAGGAACAUCUCAAGCCAAGCGAAAUGUCUCCUAGUUUUAGCAAGCCCGAAGGCAAAGGAGUUUCCCCAGCAGUUCUAGAACACAGAAAGCAGAUUGACGAUUUGAAGAAAUUCAAGAACGACUUUAGGUUACAAUCCAGUUCUACCCCAGAAAUGGUGGAGCAGCUGCUAAGUAAAAACAGAGAUGGUGAAAAAUCCAGGGAGGUCCCCAAGGAGAAGACGGACCCCGUUGCUAAAGACUCAGUAGCCGAAGCCGGCAGCGGUGCCACCCCCUUAGCCAGUGGGAGCAGCACCCCAGACAGCCCCAGCGUUUCGCCCGCCAGCAGCCUGGCCGAGCAGAAGGCAGGGCCGGAGGUGACCUCGCAGGGCGUCCAGACUUCCGGCCCUGGAGCAAAGCAGGAGAAGGAGGACAAAGAGGAGAAAAAGGAUGCCACUGAACAAGUAAGAAAGUCAACGCUGAACCCCAAUGCAAAGGAGUUCAACCCUCGGUCUUUUGCUCAGCCCAAACCUUCUACCACGCCAACAUCUCCCCGUCCGCAAGCCCAGCCCAGCCCGUCCAUGGUGGGCCACCAGCAGCCUGCUCCGGUGUACACCCAGCCUGUUUGUUUUGCACCCAACAUGAUGUACCCCGUUCCUGUGAGCCCAGGCGUUCAGCCUUUGUACCCCAUCCCCAUGACCCCCAUGCCAGUCAAUCAGGCCAAGACCUAUAGAGCAGGUAAAGUAGCCAGUAUGCCUCAGCAGCGGCAAGACCAGCACCCCCAGAAUGCCAUGAUGCACCCGGCCUCUGCCGCUGGGGCCCCCAUGGUCGCCACGCCGCCAGCUUAUUCGGCCCAGUAUGUCGCCUACAGCCCCCAGCAGUUCCCCAGCCAGCCUCUCGUCCAGCACGUCCCCCAUUACCAGUCUCAGCACCCUCACGUUUAUAGCCCUGUCAUUCCGGGCAACGCUCGGAUGAUGGCGCCGCCGGCACACCCACAGCCUGGCUUAGUUUCUUCUACCGCUACCCAGUACGGUGCCCACGAACAGACACAUGCGAUGUAUGCAUGUCCCAAAAUACCCUACAGCAAGGAGACAGGCCCUUCUUUCUACUUUGCCAUUUCCACUGGUCCUCUCGCUCAGCAGUACGCCCACCCCAGCGCCACCCUGCACCCACACCACCCGCAGCCUUCGGCCACCCCCACCGGGCAGCAACAGAGCCAGCAUGGGGGAAGCCACCCGGCGCCCAGCCCAGUGCAGCCCCACCAGCACCAGGCGGCCCAGGCCCUCCACCUGACGAACGCCCAGCAGCAGUCGGCCAUCUACCAUGCUGGCCUCGCCCCGACACCCCCCUCCAUGACCCCCGGCUCCAACGCACAGUCCCCACAGAGCGGCUUCCCGACAGCGCAACAGACCGUCUUCGCCAUCCACCCUUCCCACGUUCAGCCUGCCUACGCCAACCAGCCACACAUGGCCCACGUCCCCCAGGCCCAUGUGCAGUCAGGGAUGGCGCCUUCCCACCCCCCUGCCCAUGCUCCAGUGAUGCUCAUGACGACGCAGCCACCACCCGGCGGAGCCCAAGCCGCUAUUGCGCAAAGCGCACUGCAGCACAUUCCAGUUUCAACAGCCACACACUUCCCCUAUAUGACGCACCCUUCAGUUCCCACUCACCAUCAACAGUUGUAAAGCUGACUUGGAGUAACUGAGGCUGGAUCCCUCUCUCUUUUUUUUUUUAAAGGCCAAAUACCCUUUUUCUCCUGCUUCAUCCAACUCGGAAGCACAGAAACAAAACAAAGCAAAACAAAAACAAAAACUAGUAUUUCACUUAUUUUUAAGGCGAAAAGAAAGAAAAGGUGUAACGUCCAGUAGAAACGCUCAGCUCACCUUUCAGUGGGAGAAAUUUGGACUGAGUCAAAGGCAUGUUGAUCCCUCCUGGGACGAUUCCAUGAUUCCAUGUGUUGUGUCAAAAACUAAAACAAUCCUGACCUCCUGCCCCGGUUCGCUUGCAGAAAAAGAAAAACUGGAAAAGCUAUUUAUUUUUUAAAACAGCCCUUCAGAGUUACGAAUUCAUGAGCUAGAGAUGAAGCGACAACAGCAGUUCUUGUUGCCGUUCUCACUAAAAAUAAUAAUAGCAAAUAGUAAUCACAAAAAUCAAGACUCUAAACAAAAAUCCCUUUUACCGCUAACUAAACUUGAAAAGAGGUUUGGGGGGGGAAUCUAAUUGUCAAAUGGAUAUGGAUUUAUUAUUUAUAAAAUCAUGCUCAAGGGGGGGAUAAAACCACUGUCACAAGGCAGCGGUGCAACUUUUAAGUUAAGAGGAAACUUACUUUGUAGAUAAUAUAAAAUAAAAACUAAAAAAAUAAUAAUAAAAAUUAAAAAAAGUUUUAAAAACUGACCUUUCCUACUGGCA